UCGUUCGCUCUCUUCUCUUCAGUCCAAUCCAGGGAGGCUCCUCGUAUGUAUCGUAUACAGGGAAGCAUUGGGUCCGGGCCGUCCGGGCCCCGGACUGAAGCUAGUCAGUGAAAGUGAUUCCCCGCCUGUCCCUGCUUGUCCUCGUAUGUCUUGAUUUCGCUUCAACCAAAGAUUGCCCGAUUUCCCACCCCGGAACCUGCCUGCACUCAGCUGCACUCAGGGUCUGAGGGUCUCUCCUGGUUCAUCCUAACCCGUGAAUCCCUCCCCAUUUGGACGAUCAGCAUCAAUGGCCGGUUGAUGGUCCAAUGAAUGGCCCAAAUACCCAUCGAGAACUGCUUAGGACCCUCUUGUGAUCCCUGCUGAUCCCUCGUUCAUCAUGUACGACUCGAUCCCGUCGCUGUCGCUGACUUCGUCGUCGUCCCUGUCCACGUCGGUGUUGUCGUCCUUCCCGGCCGAGGCCUCGCACGCCGUCGUCCAGUCCAUGGUUCGUACCAUCGCCGCCAAUCUGGGCAUCCACGGCGCCGCCGCGGCCACCGCUCCCACUGCCAAGCUCAACGUGGCUCUGGGCGCCGCGGCCACGGCUUCAGCCACCAUGAAUGUCCCGCCCCAAUUGGUGGUGUCGAGCGAGGGUGGAACUGCCGGGGCUGGGACCGCUUCUUCGGAGGCUCCGCCUUCUUUGAAAUCCGAGGCCCAAAUCACCUGGUUCAUGGAGGUGGUUUGUCACGGUUUAUCCUUACCCUUGGCCGAACACGACACGAUCAAGGAUUGCGUCAAUAUCUACUGCGAGUGGUUAUCCGCCCUUCUACCCCAACCCAAGUCGUGUGUCCCCGCCCCCAUUGUCGAGGAGCCCAAUCGUUAUGCCCGCAAGAUAAUUGCUCAUCUGUAUCAUUUGUUCGUGCCCUGAAAGGGCGAAGAAGAAAAGUUGCUGCAGUUGAGCAAUGCGGCCUCUCAUGCUCAAGACAAAAAUGACAAAAUGGCGGGAAAAGCCCGGUUGGCAGGUGAAAAAGCCCAAGAAACCAUUCAUAAACAAGCAGUAUUGUGUCAUCGGGUUCUUCGUCGAAUCCAAGAUGUGGUUCAACAAUCCAAGAAUAUCGAUCGAGACUCUUGGGAAGCGGUUCUAUGCUUUUUACUGGCUAUCAAUGAUGCACUUCUAGCACCACCGGCAAUAAAAGACGAUGUCGGCGAUCAGCUCUGUGAGCGGGUUUUGGGCGUUCUCUACGAGAUUUGGUUGGUGGCUUGCGUCAAAUGCUUCCCAUCACCGCCUUUAUGGAAGUCGUUCCGUGAAAUGUGCCUCAACUGGCGUCAUCGCACGGGUUUGGUGGACCAAUGGAAUCGAGUCAACAUGGCUCUCACAGCCCGGCUACUGGGUUUCAUGUACGGCCCUUCUAUGCCCGCCAUGAAGAUCCCGGAGGAAGAUGCCCAUCUAGUUCCCCGUGAAAUGACCAACGAUUGCGUGGCCCAAGCUUGGUAUCGCUUUAUAAACUCAUUGGGCAAUCCGGUGGAUCUAUCCAGACCGUCCAUUGUGUCGCAAACUCAGCAUUUCUACCAAUAUGCCAUCGUGGCUGAGAACGUGAUUGAUCCCACUCAUCAUCCAUGUUUAGCGGCACUGCCCGUGAUCUUCUUGAAGUCCAUGAAAGGCAUUUCUGCCAUGGUGGACGCGUACUUGGGUAUUUUCACGGGUUUGGAUGACUCUGAACAUGCCCACUCUUGCUUCACCUAUCCCCUAGAACCACCUACAGAGCAUCUCUCUCAGCAGUCUUUGGCGUUGAUUUCUAGCCCAUUAACGCCCACCCCACCUUAUCAGAGAAGAAAUUUGAUUCUGGGAUUGGCUCAAACUCACCUCCACCAUUUAAGGCGGACCCCGCCACCGUUGGACAAAACCAGGGCCGCGUCAAUUGACAUUGCUACCUCGUCAUCCUUUGAUUUCAGCUCAGGUCUACCCAAGGCAUCGCACUUGAUGGGGUUGAGCAGGUCCACUUCAACCACGGGACCUCCAUCGACCAAUACCAGUCAUAUCAGCUCAUCAUCCACCUCCAUUGGAUUUUCAGGCCUCUAUGACAAGCCUAUUCUAGCGGCGGCUCGCCCCAAAUGCAAUUCCAUCUUGCACCUUUUCGGAAAAUGGCUCUUUGAAGCCGCCUUUAUAGGGACGGACUACGCCCAAGGUCCGGCUCAAAGUGCACAGCAGGGCCAGCCCAAGUCUGCCCCACCUCAACUGGCGCCGGUGCCACCCCCAAAACGCCCUCAAUCCAUUCAUUUAGAUCCGAGCCGUCGCAUAUCCACUUCAAGCCAACAAUCUGUGGGAGGGACCUCCAUCAGCGAAUCCCUCGAAUUACCUGCCGCCCUCUCUCCUGAUCGAUUUGAAUCCGGCCAGGCUGAGGCUAUGGGUGCGUUAUGUCGCAUUUUCUGCUCGAAGAAAACCGGCGAGGAAAUCCUGCCCGUCUAUUUGGCUCGGUUUUAUUUGGCCCUGCAACAAGGCUUGGCCGUGAGCCCAGAUAAAGUCGUGAGCGAGGUGAUCGCCAUGAUUCUAGUAAAUUCCAACGAUCUCUUGCGACUUGACCUGGAUGGCGUCCACGUGGUGUUACCGUAUCUGAUUACAGCCUUGGAAUCGGUUCUCCCAGAGCGGGAACUCAAACUUCGGCCGACUAACGUGUCUAAAACCGAAUUGAGGAGAGCGGGGAUCAAUAUCUUGAUCUCCAUGCUUGCACUACCAUCCCAUUUCCAGAAUCUGCCAAUUAAAGAAUUGGUCCCGGGACACCAAGGCGAAGCUAUCGGUCACACAUUUGUGAGUUUGAAGCCAAGGAUGGUGAAUUUGUUGAUCAACGCCCUCCAGGUCGAAUCGGAGGCGAUCAACACACAAUUGCUCUUGGCUGGGUUGAUGUUUGUGGUCCAGGAUUCGUCCGCUUUGGAAAUGGCGGAGACGAAAAAUGGACAAAACUCUCAGGAUGCAGAGAGGAUCACCGGAGGGUCCAGUGGACCGAAUUCAGGGAAUUUUAGCUCCCUCAAUGGGGCUCCCCUGAGUGAUUUUUCCCAGAUUAGUGAGGAUUUGAACAAUGAUUGUGCGCAAGCCGUGUUUGUUCGAACCACCUACUUGGUUUGUCACCGCCUGAUCUCCUCGUGGAAAACCGAUCUAAACACUUCUUUAGCGGCACUAGAAGUUCUGGGUGGAUUGGCCAGAGUUCAAUUGCCUCGUCAGGAUCCGCUCGAAUCUAAGCGAGCUGUUAAAUGGAUAUGCGAUUACAUCGUCACUCAAUGUUCUCGUCCACCUCCAGCCCAUUCCAAGGACUUGCACUCGUCGAUCGUGGCCGCUUUCAGAUGUCUACGAACUUGGUUAUUGAAUCAUCCAUAUCUCCUAAGGGACAAGGAAUGCAUAGCCACUGUGCUGGAGGUGGUUGAGCAAGGCGUGUCUGGCUCGAAAUCUAAGAAUAAGGCAUCGGAUGAACCGAUACUCAAGGAGGAUAAGAUCUUAUCACCGGCUUCCCGACGAGUAAGGGACGCGGCAGAAAUGCUUUUGACAUGCUUGUUGGAACAAGUCGAGUAUUUUCCGUCCAAAUGUGGAGCCGAGUCUUUGUCCACGCUCUUGGAUGAAGUGGGUCUGUUUCAGCAAUGCGCCAAUGGUGAUAUCGUGUCUAUGGCCGAGGCCGUUCAGAACUUUCGAUAUCUUGUCGUGGACAACUCGAUUAUUAUGGGCAUACUGGAAGAGCCCUUGGGAAAUGAUCAGGAACCUCAACCAAGUGUCACUGUUUUGCUGAGAACUGCUUCGAGUCGAAAUGCGUGGACCAUGCAACUCAGACAGCUCCCCAGGCACAAAUCGGGUAUGAAAUCGACUCAGAUCAAUCCGGGUCGACCUCUGCCCAUGGGCGAUGUUGGCUCUAAGCCUCACCAAGUUCCGAGGUUCUUUCCUGAUUCGAUUGAGCGGAUUCCUUUGUGUAAAGCGGACCGAUCCAUUCCACCCGUGGAGCAUGUGGUGGGCGAUGAAAAAUCUCAGCGAGACACCGACACUUUGUCCCAAUUGAUGAACCAGCAAGCUCAGUUAGAGGAGGAAGUGGUCCAGAAAUCUCAAGAGGAAAAUGCGCACUCCUACGAUUUCCAAUUUGAAUGUCAGGCUCCGGAACCUUGUUAUGAAUUCCAGACCGCCAGGCUGAUCCUGUCUCAUCUGGGAUUGAUGAAUAUGAACACUUUGAGGCAGAACUUCGACUCUCCACUACCCAAACUCAUAGCACUGGAGAGCGACUCCAUCAAUUUCGUCACGGACUUAGAAAUGCUGGAUCGAUUCAGCCCAAGGACCGCAGAUACCGUCCACAUGUUUUAUGUUAAAAGUGGACAAAAGAAAGUCGGCGAAAUCCUUCAAAACGUGCACUCCAAUGGAGAUGUUCAUCCAUAUUUUCUGGAGCUUUUAUCUUCGCUGGGAUGGCCAGUCAAUGUCUAUAAUCACCCCGGAUGGACGGGUCAUUUGUCUACCUCUUGGCGAGAACAAACCGAACCCAUGAGUCCUCCCGAAUGGCAAAUCCCGGGUGGUUCGGGGGGAGGAGGAGCCUACGACGGGGAUCACUACGCCUUGUAUUGGGCGGAUGCCUCGGCCGAGAUAGCGUUCUUGGUGCCCACCAACAAGCCGAAAACUUCGCCUUCGCCCAGCCUCAUAACAGACUCGGGAUCUGCGACCGGCACGGAAGGGGAUGAAGAUCAACUAUCGAGUGGGAAAUCUUCAUUGGGCGCUCCGUCCUCUCUAACCCUUCAACUGAAUGCCCAACCGAUAGGAGAUCCAGCAAGCUUUAAAAAGAAAUCGACGGCCUUCAAUCGCCAAGUAAGCAUGGUUAAUCAGCUGGACGUGAAGAUCCUCGUCAUCUGGCUGGAACGAAUGGAAGAUUCUCACGGCCUGCCAUUGGAAGAGAUGUUGGCUGAAACCCAUACUGGAUUUGAGGCCGAAUGUGGAUUCUUCUCUCAAGUCAAGGAUGCCUUUUUCAUCUUCAUACAGCCCUUGAUGAGUGGUCUCUUGAGGAUCAAGCUUCAAGGUCCAGCCUCUAAGAUGAAUAUCGCCUCGCCCUUGACUGAUGGUAUGGUGGUGUCUCGUCGUUCACUGGGUACCUUAAUCAGACAAACCAGCUUGAACAUUGCUUGUCGAAAACGUUUGGAAAUGGAUUGUUACCAACCACCUCAUGUGCGGAGGAAACAGAAAAUUCAAGAGAUUGCCCAAAAAUACCGCAGUCACAUGACCGAACCGGAGUUUUACGCUGGACUCUUCUCUCCACCCACGGUGUAAAAAUUUCAAUACAAAAAAGAAAUGAUGCAUCCGUUGUGAAUAUUUAUAUUUAUAUCUUAAUAAUUUUUCUCCAGAUAUAUUUAUAAUAUGAAUUAUAUAUAUACCAUUAUUAUCGA